ACUAGCAACAUUAUCCAGCCAAUGAAAUACUGGCGACGGACACAAGUACUUGUCCCUUUAAUAAAUACAUUGUUGUCAUUUAAGUUUGUGUUUUGAAAAUUGAAGUGCUUUUAUAGUAAGCGGGUAGAUGUCUGAAGAAGUAUCUAAAAGAACAGAAGAGGAGACUGACACACCAGUUCUAGAGGGUCAGUCUGAUGACAGUAGUGGUGAGGAAGAAGCUUCAGGAGACACUGAGAUGGAUUUCCUGCGCAAUCUCUUCUCACGGACUCUUGGCUUGAGUCCAGGGGAGAAAGAGCUGGAUGAGUUGACCCUGGAUGGGGUCGCCCGCUACAUCCUGAGCGGCAAAUGCAAGAACAUAAUCUGUAUGGUUGGAGCUGGAAUAUCAACAUCGGCUGGAAUCCCAGAUUUCCGAUCGCCUGGCACUGGUCUUUAUGCCAACUUACAAAAGUUCAACCUGCCCUACCCAGAGGCCAUCUUUCAGAUCGACUAUUUCAAGAAACAUCCUGAGCCCUUCUUUGCUCUGGCCAGAGAGCUCUACCCAGGACAAUUUAAGCCCACAGUUUGUCACUAUUUCAUAAAAAUGCUGAAGGACAAAGGCUUACUGAGACGCUGUUACUCUCAGAAUAUCGAUACAUUAGAGAGAGUUGCAGGUCUGGAGGGAGAGGAUCUCAUUGAAGCCCAUGGCACAUUUCACACAUCUCACUGUGUGAGCUUCCUCUGUCGGAAGGAGUACUCUAUGGACUGGAUGAAAAAUAAGAUAUUCUCUGAAGAUAUUCCCAAGUGUGAUUCUUGUGGAAACCUGGUCAAACCAGAUAUUGUGUUUUUUGGGGAGAAUCUACCUUCUCGAUUCUUCACCUCCAUGAAAAUGGACUUUCCUCGCUGUGACCUUCUUAUAAUCAUGGGCACAUCCCUCCAAGUGCAGCCAUUUGCAUCUCUAGUCAGUAGAGUAUCAAACAGCUGUCCAAGACUGCUCAUCAAUAUGGAAAAAACUGGACAGUCAGAAUUUGGCAUGGGAUUGUUAGGUUUUGGAGGAAUGGAUUUUGACUCCGAUAAAGCCUACAGAGAUGUGGCGCACCUGAGCACGUGUGAUGAUGGCUGCAUGGCCCUUGCCGAACAUCUGGGAUGGAAAGCAGAGUUAGAGGAGUUGGUGAAGCAUGAACAUGCUUUAAUCGAUAGCAAAGAUGCCAAAAAGAAAGACAAGGAAGUUAAUCGGAGCUCCAAAGACACUGGGGCGGAGGCUGGGAAGAGUGACAAAACAGAAUAACAAUACAGAGCAUGCAAAGGCUAUUCUUUUAGAUCUACUGUAUGUUAUUCAUUUGUUUAUGGGCUUCUUAAGUGUACUGUCACUGUACUGAGCUGCUGUGUCUUUCAUCUGACCUUAACAGUCUGAGGAGGUAGCAAUAGAUACUAUAUAAAUAGUACUGCAAUGAACUCAGACAGGAACAGUGAGACAGAUAGAAAGAACAGACACUUGCAGAAGCAAUACCGGAGUUUUCUGCAUGGGUUUAUCAAACCAAUUUAUGAAAAGCUGAAUGCUUUAAAUUAGGAACAGUUCAUUAAAAAAUUUAAUUCAUUAUUUACUUAACUUCAUGUAAUUCCUAACGCAUAUGACCUUUCUUCUAUGGAACACAAAAGUACUGAUUUUAAUUUAAUUAAAAGGACAGUUUUGUCAUUGAAAAAUUCAUUGAUUUAAUGCAAGUUGGCUCACUGGGGUAAAACACACUCUUGCAUAGCCUCAGGGGCCAGUUGUACACCAGAGUCAUUGAAAAAAUCUGAUUCGAAAGAACAAAUCACUUACAAAUCAAAUGCUACUUUUCUCAUGAUCACACGAUAUUCAUGGAUGCUUGAAAGCUCCAUGAAAAGGAUGGACCAGUACAUUCCUUAAAAUUUCUUCUUUUACGUUCACAGGAAAAAGUCAAACUGGCUUGCAGAAAUGUUAUAAUGACAGAAUUUUCAUUUUGGGGUAAAAAAAAAAAAAACCUACAUAAAUAUGUCUGAAACAUAAACAACAAGGGUCUGGCUUGGGUCUAAUGUGCCAAUGCACAAACACUGACAUUGUUGUGUUUGUUGGUAUGAGCAUUGUUAUUGCUAAUGAUGGUAUACUGUCUUAUGUCUGAACUGCUCAAUCUUUAUUUCCCUCUUUGUGCAAUCAUUUGUUGAUUUUGGUAUUAUGUUCUCUUUUUAAAAAGAUUAAUACAUUUUCCUUUUGAAUUAUUUUAUUUAUCAUCUUUGCAUAAUAUUAACUAAUAUAAUACAUUAUUUACUGUUUAUUUUGUAUCUAAUGCAUAUCUUUGGUUUGAAUGCUGUGUAAAAGGAAGUUGACAGCGGGUUUUGCAACAUUACUGUGAUAUCUGAUUGAGCCCAUUGCAACCUGAGAUGAGGAAACAAAAAUAAAACAUUUGUGUCCUAUAUAUUUUUGUAGUGUAAUGUUGACAAAAUGCAUUAAAUAUAGUUAGGAAUGUUUUUGCUUGUUGUCUAAGCAUCUACAAUAAGAAUAUAGAACUAUCUGUGGUGCAAAGUACAAUUACAAACCCUUGUAGCCAUCAGCAUUCUAGCUUUUAUUUUAGACAGCAUGUCUUUCUGAGGUUUAAUGUUGUUUUGAGACAGUGGUUGCCGAUAUUAUAAACUUUUGGUUUGCUUUACUUGGAGUCCUGCUUACUCAGCUGGGUUACUCCUGUUAUGCGAUACGUUUUGAGCUCUGUAACAUAAAAAAAAUUAUAAUAAUCUACCUGUGUUGUAAUUUAAGGAAGUUUUCUGUAAGAGAGUUCCAGGCUUUCAGAACUAUACUCUGGUAUGCUCAGGCACUUAGUGCUUUAUAAUUGAUAGAACAGGAAGGAAAUAAAAAGUUAAAGGUGCUCAUUAUUUUUUUUCUCAUUAAAAAUGUUUUUACUCCUAAAGAAAUUAAUAGCAAAUUUGAAACAUCUAUAAAACCAUGACCACUAACAUGAGACGAAGACUCCACUCAUUAGUAACCUUAUGAAAACUGUUUUAUUCUACAUUGAGAGAGUCCGUUCAUGGGGGCUGCUAUGUAAAGAAUCACAUGACCAGUUGAAUACUACUCUCUUAAUCUCUAAUCGCUCUGUUAUUGGUCAUUUUCACUUAUGGAAUAAAUUAGCUAUUCAUAGCUGACAGUGAAUAGUAACUACAAUGACAUCAGUAACUGAAACUACUGCAUUUGAAUAAUGCUUCAUCCAUGCUCAUAGGUGUCCAAGAUGACAUGUACAAAAUGUUACUGACUGCAGCAUUAUAGUUAGCCAUUGUUCAGUGAGGAAUUGAGAGUUAACUUGCAUAAUUGUUUAACAUUUUUAACCUUUUUCUUAAAAAAUGUGAUGAACACGGAUGCAGCAUUAUUCAAAUGCAGUAGUUUUUAGUUACUGAUGUCAUUGUAGAAAUUCACCAUUCAUAGUCAGACAGGAUCAAUUUAAUCUUUAACUAAAAAUAUAAAA